UUAACAUCUCCGAUUCAAUUGAUAGGAGGAAUUACAGAGUCCCCGAACACAUCACUGUCUCCAGAAUACACUCUAAAUUUUCACCAUACCUCCUCCUGGCCUCCAAAAUGUUCGCCAUCCAACCAGCCCAGAAAUCUUCAUCCAACAAUGAAACAUCAACCGAUCAUUUCACCCCCAACAUCCUCCCCUGUCGCAUCCACCAUGACGGCCCCGUCGAGUCACUUAACCGCUACUGGACACCUCUACCUGACGAGAAAGACAACAACCAGCAAACAGCCUACUUCCGCGGCCGCAGGCUAAGGGGCCGCCGAGUCGCGAUCCCCGAAGGCUACGAGGGCGUUAUUGCCACCCCCACAGACCGUGUCAUGCCAGCUACCCCACCAAGCACGGACGUUGAAGUCGAGGAGGUUAUACCGGAAGAGCCAGUCAAGAUUCUUGAGAAGCAGGGUACAUUUGAUGAGUAUGUGGUCUGGGGCCAUGAAUGGGUGCCUGCAGCAGAAGACUCCUUUGUCAAGGGAGUGGAAGAGUGGAUUAAGCUUGCUGAAGCGAUGCACACUACCCCCAGCAGUGAGAAGAAGUCCUCUACUUGAGCGAAUACAUACUACGGUGUAUAGUAGGUCAGGGCUGCAAUCAUCGUUGAAUUGAUCGCACUAGCUUGAUUAGCACAUGAGUGUCUUCCGACAGUCGCCCGCUCGAUGCAUUCCACACCGGAAUAAUGUGUCAUCUGUCGACUAUAUUCGACUCCAGUGCGGACAAUAACGAUGUCAGGGCAUACGGAAGAAACCAGCGGUGGAUCAUACGCUUCAGAGUAUGUCCAGGGUCCAAGGACAGUACACUUGUGCAACCUGCGAUAACGAACACGGGGGGAAGGCUACCCACACAAACAUUGGACUGGGAUAGAAACACCAGGGGAUAGCUUUCCAACACCAGGAAAUCCCGCAAAGGAUCCUAUGUCUACAAAUAUCUAGAUAGUUGCCAUUUAAUAUACCCAAAACAAUAC